AUGAUUUUUGUGCUGUAUCUCGGGAUUAUAUUUGGGGAGAUUUUCUCGGUGCGCCGCAAGAGGAACAUUGAGAUUGAGCUUGAUGUGAUUGAGAACAAGAUUUGCAAGGGGUACCUCAAGCCCAUCAAUUGCCAGAACUCCACUUUUAAGGCUGUGCUGGCAUCCGAAUCGGGAAGUGUUUAUCUGUCGAACGAGAAACUUCCUGUGGACACGGAGACGCACUUUUCGUUCAACAUAAGUGAGCCAAAGGUGCUGUCGAUGGUACUGACCCCGGUUGUGAUUGAUAAUAGCCAACCUCACACGUUUGGAGAGAUAGAGCUCGACUUCAGUGCGCAGUUUGACACAUUCAAGAAGGAUGUUGCAAAGAAGGUUAGCGUGGAACCGGCGAUGGAGGCCAUGACAAAGCUGGACAAUCUCCUGCACGAGCUGAACAAUGAGUCUGAGUACCUUGCACAUAGGAUGGGGAGUGUUGACUACGAGCAUCGCCGGAUGUUUUCCUUUGUAACUGUAUUUUCUGUGAUAACUCUUGUUAUAUACUUUGGAGUGAACUCAUACGAGCUGUACUCUCUGAAGAAGUUUUUCCAGAAGAAGAAGAUGAUAUGA